AUGUACAAAUUAAUAUUUGAUGAACCUUAUGACGAUAUACCUGUUGGAAGAAAACCAGUAUUAAUGCAAAAUGAAAUAAAAUAUGAAAACCUCUAUAAAAAACCAUUAAGUAUCACAUUAUCAAAAUAUCAAGAUCUUCAAAAACUCAAACAAUUUCUUCCAGUAGACACACAUUCAUUUUAUGACAGUUUAGAGCAUGCUUCAUCUUUCAAAACUAAGAAGGGUAAAAUUUAA